GAGACUCCGCGGCAUGGCAGAAUGGUGAGCUGGAGAAACAGAUCAUGUCGAUUCAAGAAGAGUUGCGCAAGAGUGACUACCCAUGGGACGGCGACGACGACCUUGUUAGAGAGAACAACAAGCACAAGCAGGUGAUGGAGUGCAUCGAGUCUUUGAGGGACCAGCUGCCUAUACUGCGAGAGAAGAUCAAGAACGCCAAAGUCUGCGGGAUAGAUUGCAAAUUAAAACACGACGAUUUGAAUAUCAACUUGGAUAUUUUAACUCCUGCGGAGUUACUUCGCACAGUCAAGAGAUUCGAGAGACUGAAGACUGAUCUAAUCAGUACACUCCGUAGUAAGGAGUGGCGUUUAGAUUCAGAGUCUAAGUUGUUUGUGAGGGUGAACGACCAACGCACGUACCUCCAGAAUGAGCUGCUGAUAUGCCAGAACAACAUCUUGCGUUUGCAGAAGAACGGACCUUAUUGGCAGAACGUUCCGCGAAAGAGCGACGAGCGAGUGCUGGACCCAAAGCGAGGACCUAUAAAGAAGAUGUUCUCGGAGCGUCUCCCGCCCAUUCCCACGCAAUGACGUCGUCCGCUGUAA